GAGAAGGUGAAGCAGAAAACCGAUGCAGCGGGCAUCGGUGAAGCAGAUCAUGAGUUUGACCUCGUGAUUCUGGAUCCGCCCAAUCUGGGCGUGGAUCGCAUGAGUAUCCCGAAGGCCCUGCGACACUACGAGAAGUUGGUGACCUCGGCGGUAAGGCUGGUGGCGCCCAACGGACUGCUCUUCGUGGCGUCCUGCACCUACUCCAUAGGUGAACGUGAGUUGAUGGGCCUUUGCAGUCGCUCACUCGCCUGGGCGGAGCGGGACUAUCGUUUGGUCAGCACUGGGAGCCAGGCUGCAGAUCAUCCAGGACAUUUGAUGCUUCCGGAGUCUCGCUAUCUACGGGCGCUGCUGCUGCAUUUGUUUUGAAAAGAUAUCGCGGUUGCGGCUGUGGUGAUCAUUUGAGACAAGUUCUGG